UGUGAAGCACACGAAAAAGUACAUACACAUUCCUCCAUUUAUUCCUUUUUCUGUGGUCUAACAUGUAUAUAAAGAGCCCCUCUUUGAGUCAUUCCUUCAAGGAUUCCUUCUACUACAACCUCCUGAUUAUAUCAUUGAAGUCAUCAUCUUUGCAUUAUUCUACUUAAGAGCAGAAGAAAACAAUGAGCAGGCCAGGAGAUUGGAACUGCAGGUCAUGCCAGCACCUCAACUUCCAGAGGAGGGACUCCUGCCAACGUUGCGGGGAAUCUAGGUCAGGUGACUUUGGUAGCUACGGUGGGAGGGGUGGCUCCUCGUUUGGGUUCACCACCGGCUCCGAUGUUCGACCUGGUGACUGGUACUGCACUGCCGGAAACUGUGGCACCCACAAUUUCGCUAGCCGUUCCAGCUGCUUCAAAUGUGGUGCAUUCAAGGAUGACUCUGCUGGAGGUUUCGACUCUGACAUCCCACGUUCAAGAGGAUUUGGUGGUAAUCGAUCCGGAUGGAAAUCAGGCGACUGGAUAUGCACCAGGUCUGGAUGCAAUGAGCACAAUUUUGCUAGCCGGAUGGAGUGCUUCAGAUGCAGUGCCCCAAGAGACUUUAGCAAUAGAUCUUCAUAUUAAAAGCAUGCUAUCCAUUUUUGGGUGUUGCAACCAAUUAAGAGAGAGACGAAAUCAGAGAAUUUUACUGCUUUUUCUUCAUUAUAUUCCUUUGGGGUGUGCUAGAGUUCCUCAGGUGAAGGAACAUGGUGUAGAAGCCCUUGCUGAUCACCAGAAGCUUUGUCCCUUGGCAUUUUGUCUUGGUUUUUUCCCGAUAAGAAUUAUAGCAAUAUUGUCGUACUUUGUGAUGAUGCUUUCAAUGUAUCGUUUAUUUGUCUUUUGCUUUUUAGAGAGUUUGUUUAUUGUAAUGGUGCGUGGCUUUCUUAAAAGAAGAUGAUUCUCUUCUCUUUUUCCCA